GUCACAUAAACACAUAAACCUUUGAUCGCCGCCAUCACUGUCCCCCAUCUUUUCGGUUGCACCAGUGAUUUGCAGUCAAGCAAACAUGGCGCGGGGCAGUAGUGCUGGUUUUGACAGGCAUAUUACGAUUUUUUCACCUGAAGGGCGACUGUAUCAAGUCGAAUAUGCUUUUAAAGCUAUUAAUCAGGGUGGACUCACGUCCGUUGCUGUCAAGGGAAGCGAUACCGCGGUCUUUGCGACACAGAAGAAAGUUCCUGACAAGCUCCUGGAUGCCUCGAGUGUCACACACGUCUUCCAGCUCACCGAAAACAUCGGCUGUGUGAUGACAGGAAUGAUCGCUGACAGCAAAUCUCAAGUGCAGCGUGCUCGCUACGAGGCAGCGAAUUUCAAAUACAAGUACGGCUAUGAGAUCCCGGUGGAUACACUCUGUCGUCGAGUCGCUGAUAUUAGCCAGGUGUAUACGCAGAACGCCGAGAUGAGGCCCCUGGGCUGCUCAAUGAUGCUGAUUGCUUACGAUCAGGAGAAAGGCCCCUCCAUUUACAAAGCAGAUCCUGCUGGCUACUUCUGCGGUUAUCGGGCCAUCUCCGUUGGUGCUAGGCAGACCGAGGCCAACUCCUACCUCGAGAAGAAGCUGAAGAAGAAGCAGAACUACAGCCACGAUGAGACCAUUCAACUGGCUAUCACGUGCCUAUCGACAGUUCUCUCUGUUGACUUUAAACCCUCGGAAAUUGAAGUGGGCGUUGUCUCUAAGGAUCAUCCCAAAUUUCGAGUUCUCACUGAGCAAGAAAUUGAUAAGCAUCUCACUGCCAUCGCCGAGAAGGAUUAAUUCGCAUUAUUUUCAAACAUCCGUUUUGAUUAUCCAAUAAAUAGCUUAAAGAUACACUUUUUUCUUUCAUUUCCACGAUGUUGCAAUCGUAAUUGCAGGUGUGGGUUUAUCCGAUUAUCCAAUAAACUUGAAGAAUUUUUUAUGGAUCGCAUAA